AUGGGGUUUUCUCCAAAACCAUCAUCCAGGAAAGAUUUCCGAUCCAUUACUUUGCCAUGCAGAUCACAUCCAUGCACCUACAGAAUAGAGAAAGUGCUGAAUAAAGUCAAAACAUGGGAGUCCACAUCAUCGUUAUCGAAUCCAACUGCAGAAAUCAUUUGCAGCGGCGUGUUUCAACUGACGGAGUUGUAUGAAUGUUUGGAUGAACUUGUCAAAACAUGUCCUUCCAAAACUUCGUUAGAUUCCAGCAAUCAGAACAUGAGAUGGACGGAUGAGUUACUUGAUGUAUCUGUUAUUUUCAUGGAUAUUUUCAGCAAUAUAUCUGAUCUCAUGUUGCAGACAAAACAACAUGUGAGGGAUCUUGGGUGUGAUCUAAGGAGAAAUGGUGGUCCCAGCAUCGACAGCAUCAUCGACAAUAACACUGCCUUCAGAAAGAAACUGAGAAGAGACAUUAGAACGUCUGUAGCUAGUCUGAAUCAAUUGGAUGACAUGAUUGGCAACUAUCCCUUGGUAGAUUUUGAAAACAACCAUCUGAUAUCGGUGAUCCGAGUGUUCAGAGAAGUUAAAGCAUUCACCGCUGUUAUUGUGCAAUUGUUGUUGAAAUUCUUGGCUAUUCCACUUUCGAAGACAAGAUUGAGAAGCAGAUGGACAUCAGUCUCAAGAUAUAUAUCCAAAAGUAAAGUGGUACCAGAAGAAAAAGAUGAUACUAAUAUAAAUGAGUUGCAACACCUUGAUGCUGCACUAUUCAGAUACAGGACAAGUAACAAACUUGAAUUUAUCCAAAUCGUACGAAAGAGACUAGAGGAAUUUGAGGCUACUGUCGACGGCAUCAACUCUCACUUGGAAUCAAUAACGAGGCACCUUAUUACAACCAGAACCUCUCUUCUUAACUUCAUCUCUUUCUACUAG